AUGCGUCUCCACGUCCUCACCCUCCUCGCCACCCUUACAGCCGUACUAGCCCUCCCUACCGAAGUCUUGCAGGCCAAACCCGUCUCGGCCAAACGCGACCCCAUCACGGGGUUAGAUCCACGCCAAAACUACUGCUUCGGCUUCGGCAACAUCUGCUUCAACGAUGAUGACUGCAAGGCUGUGGGUUGCAGAGGAUGCAUCUCCGCCCCUGAUGUUGACCCGCAACACGACAUAUGCUAUUGA